AUGACGCAUUCUUCCCGAGAGAUGAAAAGACGAAGAGAAUCGAGUUUAAGACUCCGUCGACACCAUCGCGACCAAAGACGACGCGAAGGAGCUCCUUUUUGUCCUCCUCCUCUCUUGUUUUUGUUGUUGUUCGUCCUACAAACGUCGUCGUUAAAGUCGUUCUUCGUGUCCUCGUGCGUGCCGACGAUUCGUUGCCCGAACGACGGGGAAGAUGUCGUAACCACCACCACUAUCAGAACGUGUCGCGCGGAAUGGCAGUGCACGUGGUCCGCGAUCGCACCGAAAACGAACGGUCCGAAACGGUUUUCGUUACUCCGCGGUCUCACGGAUAUUUUGAACGAGAACAACAACGAUUCAGAAGCGCUUCAAAGAAGUGCGUUUAACAUGACAAACGUGAAAGGGCACUCUGUGGUGCACUAUUCGAUGACGAUUCAACCUUCGUGUUCGCGAGUCGGAUGCGACGUGACGAAGACUUCGAUAACGUUACAAACGCCAGACGCGAGCGAUAGUUUUACGAGCAAAGAUUGUCUCGUGGAAGAGACGGCGAAAAAAUGCGGCCCGUUUGACGCGCCUUCGAAUAGAAACGACCGAGAGGUGUUUAGCGAAGCGACGGCGACGUUGAAGUGUCAGAACAACGUGAAGCCGUGUUCGGGGAGCUCUGUUUUAGUGAGCGUAGAUUUUGAAGCCGAAAUAGCGGCUCCGCCGAGACCACCGGUACCACCAGGUUUACCGAACAGUCCACCGUCGCCGCCUGCACCGUUUGCACCGCCGAUGCCACCAGCUGCGUUCGCGCCCGGCGGGCAAGGUCGAAAAUUUUUUCAAAUGUUUCUCGUUCUCGUCGCCGUGUAUUGCUCCGUCGGGUACGCGCUCGCCUUAGCAAUCACCCGAGGCCGCUGGUCUGGAUUCACAGAAGCGUGCAUCAGAGACGGUAAGGGAAGAAAUUCGUGCGGAUUACUGUUUUUCUGGUGGUGGCCUCGGUUUUGGACCGAGGAAGACGAAAGGUGUUUAGACGCGUUUUACGACGAGGAGGAAAGAGGAGAGAGGCGAUUGUUAGACGGUAGCAGCACUUCAGAAGGAGAAGAAGAAGAAGAAAGCGAAAGCGAAAGCGAAGACGAGUCUUCGUCUGAAGAGGAGGAGGAGGAAGACUGA